AUGAACAAGGCAUUCGGAUCUGCCCUGCUUUUGGUUGUUGCAGCUUUCUCCGGCAUAGCUGCCGCUCCUUGCAAUACUGUUGCCUUGUCGAAACUUUUUGUGACGGGAAAUGUGACAUCGUGUCGGGCAGACUCAGGGUACGACCCCACGUCUAUGGCAGUGCCGACUGAUGCGCAGAUCACAGCAGUCUGCAAUAGCGAUGCGUGCAAGAAAUCGAUCGGCGCGAUCAAAGAAGUCGCGCCUGAAGAAUGCACAGUUGGUUCCAUCCGUUUGUACGCGGACGUCCUCAACCCCUUAUCGGAGCGUUGUGGUCUAAGCUCGGGGUCUGGACCCAAUACUGGAUCAGUUGCUGGAAACACAAGUUAUCCUGCAAACACCAACACAACCGGGUCAGCGGCAAACACUUCACAGCCCAACGCGCGUACAAACUCUAGCUCACCUUCGCCAAAUGCUGCUGCUAGCAAUGAAGGCGCUGACGCUCUGACCAUUCCGAUGUUUGCUGCUAUCGCAGUGCUUGUUGCAAUGGUUACUUUGCUUCUAUAA